AUGUUCAAGAAAGCCUUGGAGCUUUCAACUCUGUGCAACAUCGAAGUCUGUGUCAUAUAUUAUGGUCGUGACGGAGAACUCUUCAAGACAUGGCCGGAGGAUGAAUCCAAGGUUCGAGACAUGGCAGAGAGGUUUACCAAACUAAACGAGAGAGAGCGACGGAAGAAAAGAACCAAUCUUUCUCUGUUUCUACGUAAGAAGAUCCUCGACGACAAUAAGCUCUCAGGGAAAGUCUUAGAGAUGAAGGAUUCGUUAGAAAGGGGUCUACGGGUGCUACAAGAUAAGCUUCUGUUACUACAACCCGAGAAUCAGACCAAGUCCCUGACUCGUUCUGUUUCUAGUUUAGAUUAUGUGUUCGUUUAA